AUGAGACGAUUAAAUUUUUUCGGGCUUCUGGCAUGCGUUCAGGGCUCUGCAACCUUUACCGAAACAUUCAAAUGUGUUAGCGAAACUUAUGGGAAAUUCGGAGACCUGAAUCUUGGAACUUUCGAGGAAAAGACAUGCGAGGAGAUUUUGUCUGCUUCAGAAACAGAAACGCCCGAAACCAUUUUUAGCGGCUGUGUCGUUGCUCAUCCAGAUGGUAGUGAUGGAAAUCCAUAUACUGCUAUUGAAGAGAUAACUUGUACUGUCGAAAAUGCUGUGACAAUUUCUUCUUGUCCAGCUUCUCCUUUUGGCUGUUCUGAUGGUAAAGCUGAUGAUGCUGAUCUUAUCACAUCUUGUGUUUAUGAAUGCUCCGGAAAAUUACUUUCUGAAUUUUCCUGUCCAAAUUCUCAUCAAAACCCAAUCGAUGCGGCUGAAACUGUCACAGACACCAUUUUUUGCUUCGAUGCCCCUUUUAAUGGCUGCAACAAAAAAAUCAUCGAUAGCAAUACCACCAAUCAGAUUUCACACACAUGCCAGACGCCUUCUUGCGGAUAUAAAUCGGGCGAAGAGUAUACCUUGACUUUCGACGGAUCUUCAAUAGUAAAUACAUACACGAAAACUGGAGAUGGAGACGCUUUGGAUGAAUUUGGAUGCACAGGCGGUUUUACAAGCUCAGGAUGCUCUUGCACGGAUCCGUCGGGGAAAGUUGCAACAAUGACAUGCUCAGCAGCCUCAUACACAAAUGAAUGUGCAGAUAUUGAGCAAUGUGUCAAGAAUACUUGUUACGAGGGUAAACCAAUUCUCGAUUAUAAGCAAGACAAUUGCAAAGUUUCAAAUGAUGGAUAUGGAUUUUGUGAAAGAGAGAAAAUCGCCCAGCUUCCAUGUGGUGCAAGAACUCAUACAUGUGAUAAGAAAACUAAUAAUGAAAUCGUCACAUAUCAGUGUGAAUGUGCUGUUGCGGAUUCUGAUGAAUGUCUGACGAUUCCCGGAGCAAAGUGGGAAACUGAAGCAAGAAGAAGUCUUAAAGCAGGAGAAAAAUGUCUGAUCAAAAAUCUCCCUGUUGAGAAGGAAAUGGAUACAUGCACAAAAACCUGCUUUGAUCGGCUCUUCGAAGUUAAAGAAUGCAAAAAUACUGGUGGCGAGUUUGUUGCCCAAUAUUGGCAGUGCUUUGAUGAAUUUACCAUUGUCAAAGACGAGACAAAAUCGGAUUCGGAAUAUUUUAAAUUAGCAGAAGCUCAAGGUUCUUACUCUGAUAUUGUUGGCGAAGGAUGCACUGAAGAUAAUAAAUGUGAAAAUGGAAAUUGUAUUUGCAAUGAUGAUUUAAAUGAAAUAGCAAAAUCUCAUUGCGGAAACAAUCAUUAUGUUCUCGAGAAACAAACUUCAGUUUUAAGUGAUGAGGAAACAGACCAAACGCCAGAGUACAAAUCUCUUGAAUAUCAAUGUUUGUCGUUCAGCACAACAAAAAAUUCAUAUGAUGUUAUUGCAAAAGAACCAACAGAUACGCACUCAUGCGAAAAAUUGGAGCCCCCAAAACCCAAUGAAACAGUCAAAUGCCCCGAUGAAUGCACCGCCGAAAAGGAUGAAACUAAAGAGCGCUUCUUUGAAUGCAGUUGUGAAACACGGUGCUCCUAUGGAUGCGGAAACGACAAAUAUAAGGGAGUUUUCGAUGAGAAAAUUUUUGGAAAGGAUUUUGAUGAGGAAACAUCACCAAUUGUUUAUGAUGAUUAUACUUGUGAGAAAGACAACCUUGUCAUGAUUAUCUGCACCUCUAUUUUUGUUCCUCUUGGCGUUUUUGGAAUCGCAGGAGGCGUUUAUUUCUUUUUCUUCUAUGAAUCAAGCGAAGUUGCCCCAGUUGAGACUGACAAUGAGCUUGGAAGUAGCUCUGACAAGACUGAAAUCAAGGAAGACGACAAGACCGAAAACCAGUCUGAGAUUCAAGAAACAACUGAAGAAACAAACUGA